CGGGCGGCGCAGGCCGGCGCGGCGAGCAGCAACCAUGUCGAUGUUCGGGAAGCUGUUUGGGGCGGGAGGGGGUAAGGCUGGCAAGGGCGGCCCGACCCCCCAGGAGGCCAUCCAGCGGCUGCGGGACACUGAAGAAAUGCUAAGUAAGAAGCAAGAAUUUCUGGAAAAGAAGAUCGAGCAGGAGCUGACAGCCGCCAAGAAGCACGGCACCAAGAACAAGCGCGCGGCCCUUCAGGCACUGAAGCGCAAGAAGAGGUAUGAAAAGCAGCUGGCGCAGAUCGAUGGUACACUGUCGACCAUUGAGUUCCAGCGAGAGGCCUUGGAGAACGCCAACACCAACACCGAGGUGCUCAAGAACAUGGGCUAUGCCGCCAAGGCCAUGAAAGCUGCUCACGACAACAUGGACAUCGAUAAAGUUGAUGAGUUAAUGCAGGACAUUGCUGACCAGCAAGAACUUGCAGAGGAGAUUUCAACAGCUAUUUCAAAACCUGUAGGGUUUGGUGAAGAAUUUGAUGAGGAUGAGCUCAUGGCAGAAUUAGAAGAACUAGAACAGGAAGAACUAGACAAGAAUUUACUGGAAAUCAGUGGACCUGAAACAGUUCCUCUACCAAAUGUUCCCUCUAUAGCCCUACCAUCAAAACCCGCCAAGAAGAAGGAAGAGGAAGAUGAGGACAUGAAGGAAUUGGAGUCCUGGGCUGGAACCAUUUAACUGGUCCAGCACACACUGGGCCCAGACAGACUCUGGUGGCCUGCACAGUGGGCAGGCGUGUGUGUGUGCAGGGCAGGCAGGUCAUGGUGCAGGCAGGUUCCAUCGCUCUCCAAUCUCCCUCCAAAGCAGUAGGGCCGCAUCACUGCUCACUCUGCAUAGCAUGGUCUGCACCCAGCAGGGCGGGAGGGGGGAGGGAGGGGUUGGGUAAGGGUGGGGUGGGAGGUGCCUGCUGUUUAUAAUGUUGAAUUUCUGUAAAAUAAACUGUAUUUGCAAAUCCAA